GUAACCCAGAGAGAAGUUACCGCUUUUAGUGAGCCACGCUUCCCGGAAGCUGGAAUUCAGUACAGGAAAAAUGGCGACUCUGUCAGUGUGCCAGCCGCAGCUCGGAGGUUUCAGUUUCGAAAAUUGCAAGAGGAAUGCAGUCUUGGAAGCUGAAGUUACCAAAUUAGGAUGCAACAUACCCGCUGCCCGGAAAACAGGCACCACAAUAUGUGGGGUUGUUUUUAAGGAUGGGUUAGUUCUUGGUGCUGACACCAGGGCCACAGAGGGCAUGAUUGUGGCAGAUAAGAAUUGCUCCAAGAUCCACUACAUCUCCCCAAACAUCUAUUGCUGUGGAGCGGGCACGGCAGCAGACACUGAGAUGACCACCCAGAUCAUCUCCUCUAACCUGGAGCUGCACUCCCUCUCUACGAGCCGGCUGCCCCGCGUGGCCACUGCCAACCGCAUGCUCAAGCAGAUGCUCUUUAGAUACCAGGGUCACAUUGGCGCUGCACUGGUGCUGGGUGGAGUGGACUGCAACGGGCCCCAUCUCUACAGCAUCUACCCCCACGGCUCCACUGACAAGCUUCCUUACGUCACUAUGGGUUCUGGCUCUCUGGCUGCCAUGGCUGUGUUUGAGGACCGCUAUAAGCAAGACAUGGAGGAGGAAGAUGCCAAGCGGCUGGUUCGGGACGCCAUCGCGGCUGGCAUCUUCAACGACCUUGGUUCCGGCAGCAAUAUUGACCUGUGUGUCAUUACCAAGGGCAGGGUGGACUACCUGAGGCCUCACGACAUGGCCAACAAGAAGGGUGUCCGAACCGGUAAUUACAAGUACAAGCAAGGAACAACCGGAGUCCUGACGAAGUCCGUGAUCAAAUUGGAUCUGGAGGUGGUGGAGGAGACGGUUCAGACUAUGGAUACCUCUUGAAGCCUCAACGGAACAUUCUGAUGUUUUCCCUGUUGUUAUUUCCCAAAUUGGCCUUUACUUCCUUCAGUGGAGAUGGCAUGUUUUUCCAUGGUUUAAAAUAAAGUUUGCGUUGAGUCUUAAAUAUCUCCUAAGUGUUUUGUGACGAUGCCAUCUCAAAUGGUAUGUAAUUGCUUAGCUAGCUGGCAGUUUGACAAACGUGAAUUGUUAUAAUUAUUGAAGUUUGAAGAGGGAACAAUGGAGAACAAGUCAGUCUGUUUUAGGGAAUCUAUUUGGGAAAAAACAGGAAAUAUAAAUUAUCAGAAUGUUU